CUAUGGGAUUGUGAUGGGAGACAUGGGGGACAAGAUAAUAGAAACACUCGACCUCUACUCAUCAGAGGGUGACACCUUGGCUCUGGAUGUAGACUUUUAUGAUCAUGACAUCUAUGAUAUCCCAGAUCCUGGGGUGCUCAUAGAAAAGAAUGAAUUGGGUCUGUUGGGGGGACCAGAGGUCCCACAGCUCUUUACCAAUAGUCAGAGAUGGCGGAGUAUGUCACUGCGUUCCCGCGCCAGACUCCUGUGGCUACACCUACGUGCAUACCUCCACGACAUUGUGGAAAAGGAAAAGAGAGCAGAGCUGCGGGUGGCCCGCAUGACACAUGGGCUGGAGCCACUGCGUCACCUCGAAGUGGAAGCUGGACUGUGCUCAGUAGCACAGGAUCCAGUGGGUAAACGCUUCAUGGUACUAGAUGGUGAAGGUUACCUGCAUCAGCAUACCAAGGAUGGCUGGGAGCAGGCAAAGCUGAAGCCUCCUGUCAUACUUAAUGGGCUAGUGACUGUGCCUGGUCCUCUGGGAGAAAUAGGCCGCUUUGUAGGCUGGGGCCCAGCUGGACUAAGCAUAUUAAGCCAAGACUUCCGCCUGCUUUGGCUGAGCAAGCCACGGGUGAACAAGUCACUGGACCAGGAGCCUUUUUGCUGCUUACCAGUGUCCAACAUGGGUCUGUUGAUUGUGGCCCAGAUGGGUGGCAGCCUGGAGCUCUGGAAGUUCCGUUCAGGAGGUCGCCGUCUGGUACCCUGUGGCUCACCUCUACGGCCACCACCAGGCUUGUCUGGCUCCUUCAAGUGUCUGGCCCUAGGGCUGGAACCUGACCACUGCAGUUGGCAUUGCUUUGCUGCCUAUGGCUCAGCGGUGCUCACUUUUGAUCUGGACGACUGGGCUCUCGUAAAUGUUAGCCAGGAUCUGCAUAAAACCAUCAUCUCAGAUAUGGAUUACUGUGAGGAGGUAGACGCCAUGGUGACAGCUUCCCGGGAUAGUACUGUGAAAGUGUGGGAGGCCGACUGGCAGAUCCGGAUGGUGUUUGUAGGACACACAGGCCCAGUGACAGCUAUGACAGUGCUUCCAAACAGCACGCUGGCAGUGUCUGCCUCACAGGACGGGACAAUUCGCACAUGGGACCUGAGGGCCGCAGCUCAGGUGGGAGAGGUAACUCUGGGUUGCUGGACCGAAGACGUAAUCUCUGAGAAAGUGAGCCAUUUGCUGGCUCCUGCAAGCCCUGGCUGGCCGGUGCUCUCUCUCUGCUCAAAAAGCAUAGAGCUGUGGCGUGUGCGUACCCUCUAUUCACCAUUAGCACAGCUAUCCGCACCAGUUCUCCAUAUACAGGUGGCGCCAGUGCUGCCAGCGCCAACUGAUCCAUCUCUGCCUGCUCGCCUUGUAUGCGCCUGCGCAGAUGGGUCGGUCUACCUGGUAUCGGCUAUUACGGGACGAACUGUGAGUUCACUGCUCUUGGAGCCGGAGGACUGUGCAGCUGGGGUGGUUUAUUGUUUGUCUCGAGAAGCGUUGUGGGUGCUAACACACUCAGGGUACCUAGUGCGCGCCAAUGCCGCACGCUGCCCAAUGGUGGUAGUACACCGCCUGCGUCCACCUCCACCCCCAGCGCCACAGCCCUGCUGCCUGCACCUCUAUAGCCAUCUUACAGACCCUCGUAGUGCAUUCGCUUGCUGGGAGAUUGUGCGCCAGAAUCAGGGAGACAUGCUCCGCAGUGCCAUUGCCUGGGCCUGGAAAAAUAAGAAUAGGUUUCUUCCAGUGAUGGGGCACUCAGAUGGCACACUGUCUGUAUUGGAUUGGCGCACAUCAAUUACAGUCUUUCGUACAGAAGCACACAACCCAGGGCCAGUGACUGCUAUUGCAUCUACCUGGAGCAGCAUUGUGACUUCAGGUGGAGAUCUGACAGUAAAGAUGUGGCGUGUAUUCCCAUAUGCUGAGGAAUGCCUGAGUCUGCUACGGACAUUUUCCUGUUGCCACCCGGUGGUCAUGCUCUGUGUUCUGGGGAAGCGCAUCACUGUAGGCUUUGAGGAUCCAGAGAGUGCCACCUAUGGCCUGGUGCAGUUUGGCCUGGGUGAUAAGAUGCGUUACGACCACCGGCCACAGGAUGAUCCUAUGGACCAUAUCACUGGUUUAUGCUGCUGCCCCACCCUUAAGAUAUUUGCCUGCUCCAGUCUGGAUUGCACCAUCCGAAUAUGGACCAGGGAGAACCACCUGCUGCGGCUCCUGAAGCUUGAUGGUCCCCCUCAGGCCCUGACCUUCUCCAGCAACAAUGGAGACCUGGUCUUCUCACUAGGCUCCCGCCUCCACAUGGUGUCCUAUAAGACCUACUUACCUACGUCCUAUCUAGUUAAGAAACUGUGUCUGAAGCACUCUGAUGUGAUAAGUGAUCCUCCACUGCCACUGACCAGCAAGAAGCCACUGACAUCCAGCCAGCUGCAGAGGCUUGCCAAUCUACAUGGCGCAGCCAGCCUCAGGUCUACUUGGCUGCUGUGGCAGCCUGGGGCAGGUGUGGCCUUGCCCUUCGGCUAUUACCAGGCAACAGAACUUCAGCAGCCAGUGUUGAAAGAGGACUUGGAGAGUAUCAUAGCCCGGGAUCAAGACCUUCACGAACUGAGGCAAGGACUGAUAGCCCCAGCACCUCGGCCCUCACUCUCCUUUAAGCAGCGCCAGGAAGCCUUUGACAAUUACUUACAGCUGAUCUAUGGGUCUGACCUGAUGGUAGGUAUGAAAUCAGUCCCAGGCUCUUCUGAAAGGGACUGGAGCACAACAGAGAAGGAGUCACAGGACACAGAGACUCAGCCUGGAACGGCCAUCAUUGUUGGGCAGGCUGCAUUUAGCAGUGAUGUUCAGGCAGCCUCCCUACCCUCAGCCCUCCAAACCCCAGGAGCUCCAGGAAGGCGCUUUGCCCGCCCUCCUCAAGUCCCCUUGCCCAUUCCACCCACCUACCGGAAGGUGCAUAGCCAGGCAUCCCAGCUUCUGGCACGUUCCUCCCUGAGCUAUGAGCUGGGCCUUGGCUUGGAUCUCCAGGUGCAGUGGGAUCAGUUUGCAGUUAAGACCGUGAGCCAGGACACAUCAACCGACUACAUGCAGAAUAGGGUUCCACUGUUGCUGCAAAGAAGGCCCUCAGAACCUCUCUCAAAGCUCACGGGCUUCUUUCCUGCCACCAUAAAGCCUUACAGGAUACGUUCUCGGCCCCUCAAGUUUCCUGGCUGUGUGCCCAACUCCGUGGUACUGCGGCAAAUGUGGUUGCAUACGGAGGUCAGCUGCCUCGGUUCCCUAGCAGAGCUUUCUAGCCAGAGCAGAGUCAAGGCAAGAAAUGGAGCUUGGGGUUCUCUGGGAGGGCCCUGUUAUCCCCACAGCCUGCCACGUGUUUCUUCUUGUCCCUCUGCAGCCUGGAAGCGAAAUGAGAGAUGGUUAAAGCGCCGGAAGCAUUCUUCUAGCAAGUGGCGAAGCAAACUAUUCGGUUUGCUCCGACUGACAAGGAGGAAAGCGGGAGAGGACGAGGAAGAGGAGGAGGAGGAAGAGGAGGAGUCGGAGAUAGAGUGGGUCUCCAUUUCCCCAUCUUCUGAGCCGGAGCCAGAGCAAUGGGAACCGGACACAGAAAGUGCCACAGAUUUGAUCUCAAAACUUUGCAAUGAAGCCUCCAAGACUAAGGGCCACUCUCAUCCCCGCUCAUUUGGACGCUCGCUCUUGGAAGAACGCUAUGGGCAUUUGCCCAGGUUCCUGCAUUAUUUUGUUGUCCAGAACUGGUUCAAAAAACUGUUUCCUAUCUUUACCCUGGAGGCCUAUCCCGAGAUGGGCACAAUAGAAGGUUUGGCUUCGAUGUUUUUGGAUUUCCUGUUAAAAGCUUCCUGGGCGGACCGAGUGAACAUUCUAAAUGCCCUGCUGAGAUUGUUGCCUGAUGUAACAGGCAACCUCCGAACCCGGUUGCAGGCCAAACUCUUAUACUUGCUUAACCAAGACGAUCCCCCCAAGCUCCAGGACAAGACUCAGAAGGAGUUUGUGAUGCUGGCACUGCAGCUGCUCCUGGCCUGCAGCCUGGAUGUCCUUGAUGUGGUGCUGGAAAUUAUCUCCUACUACCUGUAUUCUCCAGUCAGCUGCCGGCAAGAGCUCAAGAAGUUGCUGGAGGGGUUGGGACUCCAUGACCCAGACGGUACACUGUUCAAGGAAAUUAUGACCUGGGUUGAGGACAUGAAACUCGAAUCCAAGGCUGAGAUACGCACACAGUGUCAACAGAAGCUUGAAGAAAUUUUUAUCCAGGUGAAUGAUAUGGACCAGUCCACGGUCACUGUUUUUGUGGAGCCUUCCAGGCAAGUCUCACAAACCUCUCUCAUUUCUGGGGCAACCUUGCCUGCCUUGAGCAGCUCUUGGACAGUCUCACGAGCAUCAGAAAUGUCCUUGCAUUUUCAAGAGUCAUUGGUGCCUUCACCUGUGCCUUCACCUGUGGAGCCUUUGGAGUCUAUGGAGAGGAUGGAGUCUAUGGUAUCCAUCUCAGAACUCCAUGCGGCAAGCACACAUGCACAUUUGCGUAUCCAGAAAACCAAAAAGGUCCUCGCUGAUAUGCUGCAGACCUUCUGUCUGGAGGACUCCGAAUAUGCAAGUUUGCGUGAUGCACCAAGGAAAGUGUCACCGCUGGCGCAGACAACAUGGUCACAGUCUCAGAUAGUGGACCUGUUUCAUAUGGAUAUGCUUAAUUUCUUCUGUGAGAAUCGGAGGGCACAGCAGCAGAGAUCAGUGGAGGAGGAAGAGGAAGAGGAAGAGAAGGAAGAGGAGGAGGAGGAGGAGGAGGAGGAAGGGGAGAAGGAGCACUUAUCUGUCUCACGAAAACAAAAACUAAGGCCCAACACUGUGUUGCGGCCACACCGGGAACGCUGGCUCUAUCCAAUCCUCCGUCUGCAUGAGGCCAAGGCACAAGACAUUGGUGUGUUUCUCAGGAGUCACAAGAAGCAGAGCAAGGAGCUAACUCUCGAUGGUUCUAUCCGAAUGCUGAAGCUGCCGUUGCCACGAGUGGAUUUGCAGCCCUUUCCCCCAGGCUGGCCUGCACCCCCACGGGCACUGCCCCCGCUCCUCCUUCAGCCUUCACUUCAACGCUACUUUCUACUUAAACAUACAGACCCUGAUGCCUACGGUUGACCUGGCAGACAAAUAGCCAUGGCUCCAUGGCUAAGACCUAGUCCCACCACCUUAGCAAAUCACAAUACUAUGCUUUGCCUAAAUUAAGAAAUAUAUAAACACACACAUUAAUAUA